GGAUGUAGAUUUACACAAGGAAGUGUUGCUCGCGCUGAAGUUGUAACGUCAACUGCUUCCUUAUAACAAUGGCGACUGUCACGACCGAUUCUUUGGUAUCGGUGAGAAUUAGAGGAGUACUGAUUGUUGUCAUUCUUCAUUUCUUAUUUAUACCACCGCUGACAGCUAUAUCAGAGCCGGGGAAAUGGAUCGUGAAUGUGGAUAAUGUAAGUACAGUUAAAAGGAACUACUUCUAUUUUCCAAAAACAAUGUUCAAUGGUACUGACAUUUCAAUAAUCUGGCACAAAGGAGAAUGCAGUGGUCCUGUAAACUUUAGUAUAUCAUGGUAUUUGCGGAGUUCUUCUUGCCACGAUGAAGUGUUUGGACUUAAUGCUGAAUUAGAAAUGCAAUAUUUUAACAGCACGAAUGUACUGCGGCCAGGAGGCAAUGGAUUCUACAUUAGUCACUUGUAUGAGCCUAUAGAGUACACAUCUCGUAUUGAUGGAAAUAAGCUUGCUGUAGAAAACUCUGAUCAGCCUAAAAAGCUGGAGCCAAUAUAUGAGCCAACCACAGUUAAACCAAAGAGACGAAGGAGGGAUGUGGAGAAGGAGGAAGUAAAGGCGAAAGAUGCUGCUGCAACAAAUCCAUCGAGUGCUCCGAAAAGCAAAGACUCUUUAUCUGUAAAAACCUCAUCUAAAUCGCACACCGCAGCGGUACAGACCUGGGAAGACAGCCCUUACAUGUUCAUCAUCAGAACUGACGCGUUUCCAGCUACCAAAGAAACGAUAUGGAACUUUCAACUGGAGGUCAGGAUGCACGGCCCUUAUGACUACAUCUCAGCAUCUGAAUGGCCUUUGAUGAUUUUCUACAUGGUGAUGUGCAUCAUCUACGUAAUUAUGGGCGUGCUGUGGUUGGCUCUCUCGGCUUGUUACUGGAGAGACCUGCUGCGUAUUCAGUUCUGGAUUGGGGGAGUGAUCCUUCUGGGCAUGCUUGAGAAGGCGGUCUUCUAUGCAGAGUUCCAAAGCAUCCGUUACGAUGGCCAAUCAGUUCAAGGUGCAGUGGUGUUUGCAGAGGUACUUUCGGCUGUGAAAAGAACCCUGGCUCGAGUGUUGGUCAUUAUUGCUAGCCUGGGAUAUGGCAUAGUCAAGCCAAGACUAGGAGCAUUGCUGCACAGGGUAGUGGGAGUAGGACUGCUCUACCUUAUCUUCUCCAUCAUAGAGGGCGUCCUGAGAGUCAACACGGAGCACGGUGGUUCAAGCAGGCUGCUUUGUGACAUUGUUAUGGCCCUCAUUGAUUCUUGUGUUGUGUGGUGGAUCUUCAUUAGCCUGGCCCAGACGAUGAAGCUCCUUCGGCUGAGGAGAAACUUGGUCAAGCUGUCCCUGUACCGACACUUCACCAACACACUCAUAUUCGCUAUCAUCGCAUCUGUUAUAUUCAUUGUGUGGACAACAAAGACCUUCAAGUUAACCAAGUGCCAAUCUGACUGGAGAGAGCUGUGGAUAGAUGAUGCCUUCUGGCGCUUCCUGUUCUCCAGUAUCCUGCUCGUCAUUAUUUUCUUAUGGAGGCCUUCAGCGAACAACCAGAGGUAUGCCUUCAGUCCACUGGUGGAUGAAGUUAGCGAGGAAGAGGAGGAGCAGCUAAUGAAUGAAGCCUUCGAGGGUGUGAAAAUGAGAGGGAUGAAACCAGAAACCAACGGAAGUGCAAAACUCAGCAAAGUGGAUGAAGAUCUCAAAUGGGUUGAGGAGAACAUUCCCUCAUCGAUGGCUGAUGUCGCACUGCCGCCUCUGCUAGACUCAGACGAGGAGAUCAUGACUACGAAAUUUGAGAUGUCCAAAAUGGAGUAAAUCUAUGAAGAUGUAUGUAUUGUGUAUAUAAUGUGUAUGACAAUGCACAACUGCUUUAUCCUAAAAUGAGCUUUUCAUAAGCAACGUCUGUAAAUAUGUGGGGCGUUGAGGGUAAUGCACUAAAGGACUUUUUGUUUUAUUUUUAAUUGCCUGUUUGUAUUUAUAUUUUCUCAGAUAAUAUGGUGUAAGAGUUUCUUAAAACAUAACUGUAAAUUGCCUUUGACUGUUGUUUACAUAUCUACAGCACAAACUGUGAUUAAAACACAUUAGUUUGUG